CGCGCCUACGACAUGCAGAUAGGCUCCAUGAUUACAGCUCCGACACAACCCACUUUUCGAAUCCGCCGCGCCCCGGGCACGUGCCGCGUGUCUCCUCUAAACCCCUCACGAAAGGCUUUCGCAUCGGCCCAAACUCUCAGAAACCCGGCGGAUUGCACCCUUUUCGACCCGGAGGGGAGACGCAGCGAGUCGACGCGGACCCACAUCUUCAACAUAGUGAGGCUGCUUCAAAAGAGUUGCCAAAAGGAUACAGCCAAACCAACGCCGGAAAACAGAUGGAAGAGUGCCCUCGAUGGUCUCAAUCUCGCCGGAAUCUGGCCAGGAUCAAAGAAGGCCGAGCAAAUGUCGCCGCGGCAUCUGAACAACCUCCAGAGACUGCUCUCCAGACCACCAGAUUGUUCUCCGAGGAACCAUCUCGGUAAUCGGUGGGUCGAGUACCACGGCUGCAACGACUGGGCCGGCCUCCUCGACCCCCUCGACGAGAAUCUCCGGCGGGAGGUCGUCAGGUAUGGCGAGUUCGUGCAGGCGGCCUACCACGGCUUCCACUCCAACCCCGCCACGUCAGUAGCGGACGGACCCGUGGCCCGCCACAUCGUCUUGCCGGAUAAAUCAUACAGGGUGACCAAGAGCCUCUAUGCCACGUCAUCUGUCGGGCUACCGGGUUGGGUGGACGACGUGGCGCCCCAACUCGGGUGGAUGACUCAGCGGUCUAGCUGGAUCGGCUACGUGGCGGUCUGCGAAAACGAGAGAGAGAUUGCGAGGAUGGGCCGCCGGGACAUCGUCAUUUCUCUGCGUGGGACAGCCACGUGCCUGGAGUGGGCCGAGAAUCUCCGAGCCGGCCAGGUGGGGAUCCCAACUGAUGAGGAGGGAUCCAACGGUGUGGAUCCCAAGGUCGAGUGCGGAUUCUGGAGCCUGUACAAAUCUGGUGGACCCCAACUCGCGAGCCUAUCAGAGAUGAUAGUUGAAGAGAUCCAACGGCUGCUCGAGCACUACAAGGGCGAGCCACUCAGCAUAACCGUAACCGGCCACAGCCUCGGCGCAGCGCUCGCCUUACUCGCCGCCGAUGAAAUCAGCACGUGCGCCGCACAAGUGCCGCCGAUCGCAGUCUUCUCCUUCGGUGGCCCGCGUGUCGGGAACCGUGGGUUCGCCAACCGGGUCAAGCGGAACGGAGUCAAGGUUCUCCGAAUAGUCAACUCUCAGGAUCUCAUCACACGUGUCCCGGGCAUGUUCGGCAGCGAGGACGACCAGCCAAACGUGCUGGAUGACAUGCCGUGGGCGUACUCGCACGUGGGAAGCGAGCUGAAGGUGGACAGCAGGAGCUCACCGUACCUAAAGCCGAAUGCUGACGUGGCAUGCUGUCACGACCUGGAGGCGUACUUACACCUGGUGGACGGGUUCCUUGCAUCCAACUGCCCUUUUAGGGCUAAUGCAAAGAGAAGCCUUGAAAGAUUAUUGCAUGAGCAAGGGUCCAACGUGAAGAAAUUGUAUACAAGCAAUGACCUGACGUUGAAUGUAGAGAGGGGGGUAAAUGUCACUCCCAAUUGCUUGGCCAGUCCAUCAUGACUUGUUUUUGUUUAAAAAUCUAGGAUUCAUGGGUCUAUACACUAAGGUUAGGUGGUGUAACAUGUCAAUUGAGAGCCCCUGUAUGUUUAUAUACGGUUAGGUGGCGUAACAUGCCAAUUUAGAGCCCCUGUAUGUUUAUAUACGGUUGUCACAAUGACGUUAUUUUUCAGUGAUUGUGAAUACGGUUAGGAGGGGGAAUGUUAUUUCCACCCCCUACAAUUGACGUUUUACACCAUUUUUCUUACGACUUUGAAUUAGUCAUUGGAGAGGGGUUAGAAAUAUCAAAUAUUCAAAGAUAUUCUUCCUUUCAUGUCU